AUGAUGGCACCCGCCUCUUUCACCAUGCCUUCACUAUCCAUCCGCCCGCCGCGGUCACUAUGGCUUUUCCUUUCCCUUGCCAUCGCCUCCACAGCGCUGGCCUCGACGCCCUCAUCCGACGCCCUACCGGCUCUAAUCACCGCUCCUGCGGCGAUGCCUCCCAUGGACUCCCUUGUCGUCGACGACCGCACGCCCAUCAUGGUCAAAGGCCGCUGGACCAUGGUCCCACAUGAGUACGCCGAGCUGAAGAAGCGAGACGAGAGCAUCACGCCCUCGCCAACCACUGCUGGCACAGCAACCCUCCAACCCACGACACUGACCGUCUCCGUGACGGUUCCCGCUGCCACGGUGGACCUUUCGUCGCCACUGCCCUCGCCAUUCGACACCAGCCUCACCUUCAACUUCACCAGCAACGACGGCGCCUCCUGCCCGCGCUUCAUCAACUCACUCCUUACGAAUCAGAACUUCAAGAAAUGCUACCCGCUCUCCAUUCUGCUCCAGGGCUCUGAAUCCUUCUUCCAGGCGGAAAAGCAGCUUCUGAGCAUCGUGCGUGUGCUCGAUGCCGCCUGCAGCGCUGAUGUCGAAUACUGCACCGGCUUUCUCAACGGCGUCGCCGGCAACCUCACCCUGGACUCCAACUGCGGCUCCGACUACCAGAGCGGUAACCCUAUCGUCAUGCAGGCCUACCUCGGCCUGAAGUCGUAUGAGAUGCUGUACAAGGCCACCUGCCUCACCGACCCGGACACGUCCAUGUACUGCUUCGCCAACGCCGUCACCAACCUCACCACGCCCGCUAACGUCUACUUCUACUACCUCCCGCUCAACAUGACUCUCCCCGCGAGCGCGAACCCCACCUGCGGGUCGUGUCUCCAGCGGACCAUGGACAUCUUCCAGACCUACACUAUGAACCGCAAACUCCCCAUAGCGUCAACGUACGAGGACGCCGCGGCGCAGGUCAACACGAUGUGCGGCCCCGAGUACGUCAAUGACACGCUCCUGGCCGCCGUCAGCAUGGCGGUGCUGUCGGCGCCGUCCUGGACCCUCACGGCGACGAUGCUAGCCCUCGCCACUGCCUAUAACUUCCUAUAG